CGCCUCUGCUGAGGGUUGCUGUCGCCGUGCCGUGCUGUGCUGUGUCGUGUGCCGCUGGCAUCUCUAGAUGGAUGCGCCAGCUGCUAUAGCUGUUACGAGGAUAUCAGGAUUUCGCUUUCUUGUCAAUCCCCUCCUACUUACCUACAUCUUCUCUCCUCUCCCUUUUCCUCCUCCUCCUCCUCCUCCUCCUCCUCUUCCUAUUCUCUUCUUUCUUACCCUGCUUUCCCCUCCCAUCGUCGCCGUCUCCGUCACCACUUCGAACCCAUCAGCGGGCCACUCUCUAUCCAAUCAGUCCCCCCUCCCUCUUCUUCCCGUCCAGGCCACCCCCCUCUCUCCCCCCCUUCUUCCUCGCGCACCCCUGGAAAAAAAGUCUCGAGUGCCAAGUUCCCAAUAACCUCCGUGAACUCAAAAAUUUCCAGUUCGACCUGUUUUAUUACUCUUUCCUCGUCUUCUCGAAAAUCCCCAAUACUACCUACUUUAAUAACAAUAUCUCUCUCACAUUGUCGACCCGAUGCC